ACGGAUGCCAGCCUCUAUCCAUACACAUGGUCACUCACUGUACUAUCCUGCUGAGUGAAAUGGAGCUGAAUUAGGGGCCCUUCACUUUAUGGCCACUUAAAGGCUGAAUAGAGUAACCAGCGGUUUGUAUUGCUUAUGAGCGUUAACGGCUUGACUCAAGGCAGAGAUGAUGUGGAGAUACACGAACUUUUUUGCAUGUUUGCUGAUCCUAUGUAAGGAUGCGGCUUCACAGAGCAAGAUAUUUGGAGAGACAGAGCCUGUUCGUAUGGUAUCGGAGGGCUCGGAUUGCCGCUGUAAGUGCAUCAUGCGACCUCUGAGCAGGGAUGCCUGCAUGCGGCUGCGGAGUGGCAGUGUUCGCGUGGAGGAUUACUACACGGUGGAAACAGUCAGCUCCGGAUCUGACUGCAAAUGUUCCUGCACCGCACCACCAUCCUCUCUCAACCCUUGUGAGAAUGAGUGGAAGAUGGAGAAGCUUAAGAAACAGGCCCCUGAGUUGUUAAAGCUCCAAUCUAUGGUGGACCUUCUUGAGGGAACCCUUUACAGCAUGGAUCUGAUGAAAGUCCACUCAUACAUCAACAAGGUGGUGUCUCAGAUGAACACCCUUGAAGAGACAAUCAAGACAAACCUAACACGAGAGAAUGAAUUUGUUCGUGACAGCAUGACGAGCCUUACCAACCAGUUUAAGAGAUAUGAGAACUACUCCAACAUAAUGAUGAGCAUCAAGAAAGAGAUUUCUGGUCUCAGUCUACAGCUGCUUCAGAAAGACUCCUCUGAGACCAAGGUGCAGCAUAAUAACGAUGAUACCAAGACCAAGAGCGUCAUAAAGCCACCCGUCAAAAAGCCCCCAGCAUCCAAGCCCCCUCCCAAACCCAAAGAAAAAGUCAUCAAGCCCAAGAAGGAGGUCACUAAACCUGUGAAACCACUGAAGCCUGAUCCUACAGCCAAAACCAAGGUGGUUGGCCACCAGCCAGGUGUGGUCAGAGGCAUUACUUACUACAAGGCUGUCAAGACUGACGAGGAUGAGGUCAGAGGAGAUAAUCCAGCAAAAACAUACACACGCCAUCAUGUCACCGAAACCCAGUCUGAGGAUGGCGGAGCUGAAAUGGUUCUUGAAACUAUUGAUUCUGCAGUUGCACAGGCUACGGCACCCACUGCAUUUCCCACCGGUAUCACGCCUACCACCACUAGGACUGCUGCCAUCGCACCAACCACUACCACUGCACCCACCACUAUGAUCGCCAGUACCCAAAGCACAGCAGCAGUGGAGAGGCCUGCCCCUACUAUUGUACUACUGCUGGACAACAGCAACAACAACAGUCGACCCAUUCUCCACAGAGCAGGGAAAAUCCUUCACUGCGAAGGGACUCUAGCAUCAAUCGAGCAGCCAGAGAAGCAACAUAGUUAUGGCCGCAAUGAAGGAGCCUGGAUGAAGGAUCCACUGGCUAAAGACUCAAAGAUCUACGUCACCAACUAUUACUAUGGCAACAAUUUGGUGGAGUUUCGUAACUUGGACAACUUCAAACAAGGCCGCUGGAGCAACCUUUUCAAACUUCCUUACAAUUGGAUUGGCACAGGUCAUGUGGUUUAUAAUGGAGCCUUCUACUACAAUAGAGCCUUCACCAAGAACAUCAUCAAGUAUGACCUGAAGAUGCGAUAUGUGGCUGCCUGGACAUUGUUGCAUGAUGUGGUUUAUGAGGACACCACCCCAUGGAAAUGGAGAGGUCACUCUGAUAUUGACUUUGCAGUGGAUGAAAGUGGACUGUGGGUGAUCUAUCCCUCAAUAGAUUAUGACUACAACCAACAAGAAGUCAUCAUCAUUAGUAAACUUGAUCCCGGAGACCUGUCCCUAAAAAAGGAAACAACCUGGAGGACAGGUCUCAAGAGGAACUCUUAUGGCAAUUGUUUCAUCAUCUGUGGUGUCUUGUAUGCCGUCAAUGUAUACAACCAGAAGGAAGGAGAGGUGCGCUAUGCUUAUGACACCCAUACCAACACAGAGGCUAUUCCACGUCUGGCCUUUACCAAUGAGUAUUCAUACACCACACAAAUCGAUUAUAACCCCAAGGAGAAGGUUUUGUAUGCCUGGGACAAUGGCAAUCAGGUUACAUAUCGGUUACAUUUUGUCGACCAGUGAGAGCUGCCACAAAUACAGUAACCUCACAGCAUACCUGCUGUUAUGGACUUGAAGUGCUCAGUGUUUUAUAUUUUAUUUGUCUUAAGACUGAGGACAUACCGUAACAUACAGUAUCAGUACAUGUAAUUCAAACAAAUGGCCUUGCUGUUGAAUGGGCGGAGACUUUUGACAAUCUUACAAGUUGAGUUGAUGUUCAACAAGCAGAGCUCAUGUACAUAUAUUAUGUUCAUUCAUGAAAUGUCAGCAGGCUGGCUAACUAUUUGAGAAGUGAAAAAACAAAUAGACGUAUUGGCAAAAUAUUUUGAACCCUUCAGUGAAAGAAAGAAAUGCCUACAAUGAUUGAUUCACUGUACUCUGCACAGAUACUACAGACACCCUGUGUUUGAUGUUGCAGUCUCAUCCAUGUUUCACAUUAGGUGAAAAUGUAAUGAUUGUGCAUGUAAAGCUAAAGUUAAUAUGACUUGCCAAAAAGCUCCAGUUUUGUUUCAUCUUUGCGAAGGACUUUCUCCUAGAAAGUUUGUGGCUUGUCUACAUACAGUUUAGCACGCUCCUGUCAAUUUCAGAUUAAUUCGGUGCAUAUUGAAAGUUUAUUUUUCUUUAUCGGAAGGGUACCAACAAGUUGGCCAAUGUGUCUAUAGAAUUUGUGACGAUCCAUUUAAAGGGAAUUAUAGGCUUGCAUUUCAUAGCAUGAAUGCCAUUUCAUAGUUUCAGCUGCUUUAUAACUUAUACAGAGGAGGCUGGAGCUUAAUUAAUAACUUUAGCUUUACAAAACCACUCUGUUUCAUAUAUAUAUUUACAGGACGCUUAGCAUGCAUUCUGAUAAAA